GCGCGUUUGUUUCGCAUCUAAGUAUCGUGACAUCACCUGUACCUUUUCAUCCUUCAUCAAUUUUUACCAUUACAAGAUUUCCCAUCCAGUUGAACAUUUAGUAUUGUCCAACUCGUAUAGGAAAAUCUCGAAGGAGACUUCACCAUGGGUAUCAAGAGUCUUUUUUCGAUUAUCAAAGAUGAGGCCCCUGCAGCUAUCAAAGAGGGUGACAUCAAGGGCCAAUUUGGUCGUAAAGUUGCAAUUGAUGCUUCCAUGAGCAUCUACAGCUUCCUAAUCGCCGUCCGCUCCGAUGGUCAGCAACUAACAAAUGAAUCUGGCGACACGACAUCCCAUCUUAUGGGAAUGUUCUAUCGCACGUUACGAAUGGUCGACAACGGCAUCAAGCCACUCUAUGUCUUCGAUGGCGCACCUCCGAAACUGAAGUCUGGCGAGCUAGCCCGUCGUGGGCAGCGCAAAGCAGAAGCGAAGGAGGGACUUGAAGAAGCUAAGGAGACAGGUACAGCCGAAGAUAUAGAGAAGUUCUCACGACGAACUGUCCGGGUCACUAAGGAGCACAACGCCGAAUGCCAGCAAUUGCUAAAAUUAAUGGGCAUACCCUACAUCGUCGCACCAACCGAAGCUGAAGCUCAAUGCGCUGCUCUUGCUAGAGCAGGAAAAGUCUAUGCAGCAGCUAGUGAGGAUAUGGACACGUUGUGUUUUGACAGCCCCAUCCUCUUGCGCCACUUGACUUUCAGCGAACAGCGAAAGGAGCCGAUCCAGGAAAUCCACGUCGAUAAGGUUCUCGAAGGGUUGAACAUGGAUCGUAAGCAGUUCGUCGAUCUCUGCAUCCUGCUCGGCUGCGACUACCUCGAUCCUGUUCCCAAGGUCGGCCCUACGACAGCGUUAAAGAUGAUCCGCCAGCACGGGUCUCUUGAGAAGGUGGUUGAAUAUAUCAAUAAUGAUCCCAAAUAUUCGCUGCCCGAAGACUGGCCUUAUGAGGAUGCGCGAGCGCUGUUUUUCGAACCGGAUGUGCGCAAAGCUGACGAUCCGCUGUGCGACUUCAAGUGGGAAAAGCCGGAUAUGGACGGCCUCGUUCAAUUUUUGGUGAACGACAAGGGCUUCAACGAGGACAGAGUCCGUGCUGGCGGCGCACGAUUGGAAAAGGCUACCAAGAGCUCUCAGCAAGCACGGCUAGAAGGCUUCUUCAAGGUCAUUCCCAAGACAAAUGAAGAGAAGGCUGUGCACAAGCGAAAACUAGAGGAGCAGAACGAAGCUAAGAAGAAGAAACUAAAGGAAGAAAAGAAGGAGAAGGCUAAGGGUAAGGGUAAGCCUCGUGGAACGGCGUAAUGCUUGCCUUUAGAUCAUACUGGGCGUACUACGUUAUAUCGGCCCAACUCGGCAUGUGUGUUAUUGAUCCGGAUGGGAUUAUUGGUUUUACAACUGGCGUUGCUGGAUUUGCAUCACGAACCGGAGUUCGUGACAAUGGGCGGGUGAAAAACGAUAUCAACAGGUAUGAUAUAUGGUGCUUCUGAAGUCUUGCUAGUAUCUUGGAAUGAUAUAAGAAUACAUUUCUCGAUGAAGUAGUGGUAUAUUUUAACAAUGAAGAAUUAACAGUUGA